CGCGAGGAGGAGGAGGAGGUGUGAGGCAACCAUGGCGGGAGGAAUCAAAGUGGCGUUGUGGUCGGCGGUUGGUCCUGGGCCCCGGUGCUGGGGGCCCGGGAGCGGCGGGGCCGCGUGGCUGCUCCUGGUCGUCGCCGGCUGCGUAGUCUGCGGCUCAGCUGGAAUUGGUGUAAAUGUGGUCAUGCUUCAGGAAUCCCAAGUUGAUAUGAAUUCCAGUCAACAAUUCUGUUAUAAAAAUGUGCUUAUCCCAAAGUGGCAUGAUAUAUGGACACGGAUACAGGUUCGGGUAAAUAGUUCCAAACUGGUCCGUGUCACGCAGGUGGACAGUGAAGAGAAGCUGAAGGAACUAGAGCAGUUUACUAUCUGGAACUUUUUUUCUUCUUUUUUAAAAGAGAAGUUGAAUGACACCUAUGUUAACGUGGGUCUGUACAGCACAAAAACCUGCCUCAAGGUUGAGAUUAUGGAGAAGGACACCAAGUACAGUGUCAUUGUGAUCCGGAGAUUUGACCCUAAACUCUUCCUUGUUUUCUUCCUUGGACUGAUACUGUUUUUUUGUGGAGACUUGUUUAGCAGGAGUCAAAUUUUCUACUAUUCCACUGGGAUGAGCGUCGGAAUCGUGGCCUCUCUCUUAAUUGUCAUUUUUAUGAUCUCUAAGUUUAUGCCCAAGAGAAGUCCCAUUUACGUCAUCCUGGUAGGAGGCUGGUCCUUUUCUCUGUACCUCAUUCAGCUAGUUUUUAAGAAUUUACAAGAGAUAUGGAGAUGUUAUUGGCAAUAUCUUCUAAGCUACAUCCUCACAGUUGGAUUCAUGAGUUUUGCAGUGUGCUACAAGUAUGGGCCCCUGGAGAAUGAACGAAGCAUCAACCUACUGACCUGGACGCUGCAGCUGCUGGGUCUGGGAUUCAUGUAUUCUGGUGUUCAGAUCCCGCACGUUGCCUUUGCUCUCAUCGUCAUUGCACUGUGUACUAAGAACCUGGAGUACCCUCUCCACUGGCUGUGCUGCACCUACAGAAGGAUGUGUAAGGGAGCAGAAAAGCUUGCCCCCCCUCGCCUCCUGACUGAAGAAGAGUACCGGAUACAAGGAGAGGUGGAGACCCAAAAGGCUCUACAGGAACUCCGAGAAUUUUGUAACAGUCCAGAUUGCUCUGCCUGGAAGACCAUAUCUCGAAUUCAGUCUCCAAAAAGCUACCUCAUUGUUGUGAUUAUAUCAUUAACUUGUGAAGACCUCAGUACCAUGAAGUGUACUUGUGGCCCUUAUUUGCUGACUUCGUGGAAGGCUCUUUCCACCUCACGCCAAAUGAAGUUUCUGUUCACGAGCAGGAGUAUGGAUUAGGGAGCAUGUUUGCCCAGGACGAGGAGCUGUCCUCAGAGGAGGAGGGCUCGGAGUACCCCAGUCUCACACAAAACAAUUUCCUGACUUAAAUGGCAGUACGUUGUUUUCAUACAGACUGGCGUAAGGCCUUGGUGAUCCAUGUUGUAAGUGCUGUGUGAUUCUUCCAGGCUUUAUAACAACGUGGACCAGGUGCAGUUCUCCUACUGAAGUGAGGGGCUGAGUGGGCUACCCUCUCGCAGUACUUUUGGUGUGUACCUCAGGCUGGUCCUCUUCCAGGAAAGAGUGGUGUAGGCAGUGAAAGUUUGCUGAAUUCUGGUGACACUUGUCACUGUAACAAACCCUCAAAAAUGAGUAUUAGUACAGUAAUGCAUUCAAAUAGAGGCUGCAUCUUUUAAAGAGAAUCUAUAAGUCUGAGCCAUUUUUUACUUGCUGUUUGCUUCUAUUUCAGGAUCCUUAUAAUAAUCCUUAAUGAUUUAAAUAUUGAGGAAAAAUAGAUUGUUACGUAUAUUGGUUUUUAAACAAAUGUAUUUUUUUUUAAGUGCUAGAAAUUCAUGUUCUAGAACCAAUAAGUGCUCCAGGGUACAAACCUUGCUGAACCCCAGAUGUUUAUUGGUACAGAUAAUCCAUGAAAAGCCCUGGAGCUGCUGCUGUUGAGCCUUGACUUCUCACGAGUCUGAUUUUUACUUUGCUUGCAUUUAGGAGAGUGUCUGCUGCCCUUCUGUAGGUUCGCUUUCCCAGGCUUGUUGUUAUAUUUAACAUUGGCAUUCUUCUCUUGCCGUUUCUCAUCACUUGACUUUUCCCACUCGGGAAUUGUGUGCCCCGUUUCCUGUGGAGUGUGCACAGUUGAGAAUUUGUCUCAUUUUCUGAUUUGCCGCUGCCUCCUGCCUAACACUGAGGUGCCCUCCUCAUCUCCUGCUGUGUGCCUCAGACCGCUCCAGCUUCCCUCUGCAUCUGGCAUUUCUGUUUUUACUUUUCCUUCUGGACUGGGUGCCUGCCAUGUGCCUCAGGCUGGGCCUUUCACCGUAGCCUUUAACUGCUGGAAUAUUAAGCCCAUGCUGCUGUACCAAGCUUCUUUUUUUCUUCUUUUUUGGGUUUCGAGACACAGUUUCUCUGCAUAGCCCUUGCUACCCUGGAACUUGCUCUAUAGAGCAGACUGGCCUGGAACUCACAGAGAUCCACCUGCCUCUGCCUCCCAAGUGUGCUACCACCGGCUGGCAUGUCAGAUUUUUUGUCUUGUUUCUUAUAAAUAAAUAUCCCCUUUACCUUGGCUCCUACCUUAUGGCUAGGCAGAGAAGUCUUAUUUACACCCCUCUCCCCCGCAGUCAGAUCACAUACCUUCUGAGUUACUACACAAUCAGGAAAUUGUCCCAGGGCUGGGGAUGUAGCUCAGUGGUAGAGUGCUUACUUACUGGUUCACAAUGCAAGGCCCUGAUGGGGGCACUAGCACCAAAACUAAACAAAGCCUUAUCUCCUUUUUAUAUACCCAUUCUACCCAUCCAGCCCUCCAGCAUGCUCCCAGAGCAUGUCAGGUAUAAGCCCUGAACAACCAUCUGUUAAGUUUCUUUCUAUACAGUUUUAGUCUUGUGGCUGCCACACUUGACAUGGCAGAGGACAGACCUUCCUUCAGGUAUACUCCUGCCUCUGCUGCCCAUUCAGCUGUUAGCAUCAGACACGUUCCCCCUGAGGUUACUAUACUUAUUUCCAGUUGCAUUUCUGUAGAGAUGCUGCCUCUGCAGUGAGGUCAGCUUCAGAAUCCCUUGCCUUUGCAGAUCUCUUAGAAGCUGACAGGAUUAUUUAUGAGGGACAGACUCUCAAGUUUCUGCCGUUUGCUUGGUUCUUUCAUUGUGAUCUUCACCACUACACUGGAGAAGUGUGUAAUGUUUGUAAUUUCUUCAGCUAGGGAGGUCGGUGCUCACUCAGGGAUACAGCAUCAGACUCAUUGUCUUAGGACCAUCAAGGAGGAAGACGGUGUUUUCAGGAAGCUCUUAGGGCUUCUUCAGACCCACUUUCAACAUGUCAUUUUGGAAGACCCUGGGCUCUACUGCUAGCAUCCAAAAUGUCAGCUUAGACACCUCUCCAGGUGGCCAGUUAGUUAUUUCAACCAAUGUUCCCCAUAGCCUUAAAUUGUCCUAAAGUGACAGCUACCUCACUUUGUAGAAGAUGAUAGAGGAGAAAUGAUAACUGCACUGUCUGGUAUCCUGAUGCUGUGGCUUAGAGUUGCAGGGUACAAGAAACUUUGUAAUGGAACUUUUUUGUCUUUGUGAAUUAUGAAUAUGGUAAAAUUUGUCCCUUUUCAAAGAACUUAAGGCUUCUGAAGGAGUGGAAAUGAGCCUCAGGCAGUGAGUGUUUGUCCCAUAGGUGCAGACUGGGGUUCCGGUUCUGGCAUCCCCAAAACAAAGCCCACCACUAACAACAAAAGCCUUCAGAAUACACUAUUUUGGAGGCAUCUCUACAGAAAUUUAUACCUAGUAUAUUUUAGUGUAAACUCAGUUGUACAACUGGUGUAGGUCUUGGGAGAUCUUAGUGCCUUUCCCCCAGAUCACUCGUAUGGAUGGUAGCUUGCUAAAGAGGAGGCGGCUUUGGACUUACAUUCUUAUUUUAAGGAGAAUUCCCUGUGAGUGACUUUGCUCUUCUGUGGAUUGACUCCCUGUGAAAUACGGAUUUCUUUUCAAGGCCAUUUUUUUUUUUAAAACCGUAUUUGAAUUUGGGGCAAGCAAAGCAAGCUCAUUUUCUUACCCUGCCUGGUAGUGGGAGAACUGAAUGCUGAGAGAGCUGCUUCAGACAGUGAAGGACAGACAGUGCCUCUCUUGUAUGCUGUGCAUCCUUGCCCUGCCUGCCUGCCCGCCUGCCCGUCCGCCCAUGUGGCUCUGCUGGAUGCUUCAAGCCUGGCCUCUGCGUGCCCAGACACGGCUUGAGUCAGCUCAGUCUCAUUCCUCAGAAUGAUCUCAUGAAGGACUAAAGGGAGAACUGGAGUGAGCUGGACACUGGAGCCAUGUGUGCUGCCAUGUCAGCAAUCAGCAACUCAGAAAUUGGUUCCAGGACUUGGGGUCUUGAUGGUAUUGGAAAUCUAUUGCUUUUAAUGGGUCUGACCUGAGUUCAUAAAAUGUGACUCCCAUUAAUGGGAACACAAGAGGCACCCAGCAUAAAACUUUACAGUUUUCGUUUCCUCAUGAGAACAUAGUGAUGAAAGCCAGGAAAAGUUUAGCAACUUUGAUAACUUGGUUACCUUGAAAUAAGAAAGAGCUAAUUCCCCACCCACAUUUGUGUUCUCUCAGCAGUGAUGGUUUUGCCUGUGAUGGCUCUUUGGGUCCCACUGUUCCAUUUUACCAUAUUACCUCCCAUUGAAGGGCAUAGCCCUCUGUGAAUCAAUUGUGUUUUCUUUAGCUUACCCUACUUGGCAUGGGUGAUUGAGGUUUGGUGAAUGAAAAGACCCAAGGAGGCCAGAGAAUCCUUCUGGGCCUUGAUACCCAUGAAGGGUUUGGGAACGGGCUACAUAAUUGUUCUCAACCUUUUUGUUCCAGAAAAAAGAGAUGUGCUGAAAUGGUCAACAGAGUCAAAAUGGUUCUUAGCUGUGCCCACAGCUCUGCUGAGCUGAAGUAUGCAGACAAAAUUAAUGCCUUCUGGUAUUCCUGUGAACUCGGGUCUAAGAUAAUUGCCUGUAUUUGAAUGCUAAGAGUUUUAUUUGAACGUAGGAGAGGAUGGGCAGGUCUACUGAGCUCUCACCUUAGGUAGGCACUGAAACCAAGGGAUAAGCACAGAGUAGCCAUUGCACUUUAUGAGUGUGCCUGAAUGUGUUUGCUUGUAUUCUUGUAGCAGAAAUUAUUUGUUUGGGGGAACUUGGGCAGUUGUGGUAACCCGGUGGCAUUUUCGUGACUUGAUUAUGGAUUCUUUGGCUAUUGGAGACCAGAUGGUGACUACCUUGAAAAGGAGGUUUGGAAGUCAGGCAUGGUAGUUAGUAUCUGCUUGAACUUGGAAGGCUGAGUGAAGGGAUCACUUGAGUUGGAUAUUGGCAACAAUGGGGACCCCAUUUCAAAAUAGAAAAAGAAACAAGAGAGUGUUGGUGUCUUCCAUGACAGGACCAGAACCUACUGGGGAAUAAGCAAAGCAUAUGGAUACCCUUUAACUUCAGCAGGGACAGAAGUGGUCACAUAGACUCAGACAUGGAACUUUGGGCCACAUGUGUCCUCUGUGUGUCAUUUUUUUUUUUUUUUUUUUUGGCAUGCUCUUAACCACCCCCCCCCAGGGGGCAGAUACUGUUUAGACAGGGCACCACUCUGUAGCCCAGGCUGGCCUAGAAUUCAAUAUAUUUAUUACCCAGGCUUGCCUACAACUCACAGUAGCCUUGCCUCAGCCUCAUGAGUGCUGGGAUUACAGGCUUGAGCCACCAAGCCCUACUUCUUCUUUCACACUCUUGGUUUUAACUUGAAAAUGGUGAAUUCAUUUGCUUUGAACUUGCAUCUUGCAUGAGCAUCAAAGUAGUGACAGAUCGCCCCUGACAUGAGCCUUAAAGCCUGCCAGCCUGCCAUGGCUACACUUUCCAUGUUUAUGGAACUAUUCCUGAGAUAACAGGGCUAAGAAACUACUAUAGACAGUUUGUAGUCUGUGGGUAAUGCCUUAGUGUUAUUUAGAUAAAAUAUUUGUCAUUUAUAUUUAAUACAUGUUAGGAAAUGUUUAGGAAGAACAAAGUUUUCAGGGAUGGCUAUUUGCUACAAGUCUUCCACAUUUAUGUAAGAAAAACUGACACCAUACAGUUUUUUAUUUCUAUUGUGGCUUGUAAAUAAUCCCAACUUUAAUAAAGUUUUAUACUCUGCA